AUGAUCUACUCUUCUGGAAGAGAAUCCUACUUCAACCUGAACUCCACCUGGUACGACCCCUCGGGGUCGUGGCUGGACACCCGGCGGACCCCAUUCCGCUACGGCUACGCCAACUGCUGCUCCUCGGGCUGCGACGGCGAGGGCGUCGAGGGCAUGAGGGGCCACGACUACCGGCACUACGGCUACAGGCAGCCCGUCUGCUCCGAGAGGUGCCAGGGCUACGGCUCCUCCGAGUGCUGCCACGGGGGCUCCGCCUGCGUCCGGAGACCCACCUACAGCUACGGCUCCUCGGGGGGCUGCCAGGGCUACGGGAGGUCCGUCUGCUCCGAGAGGUGCCAGGGAUCAGCAGGGGGCUGCCAGGGCUACGGGAGGUCCGUCUGCUCCGAGAGGUCCGUCUGCUCCGAGAGGUGCCAGGGAUCAGCAGGGGGCUGCCAGGGCUACGGGAGGUCCGUCUGCUCCGAGAGGUGCCAGGGAUCAGCAGGCUCGUGCCACGGAGGGGGCUCGAGCUGUGUCAGGAGACCCACGUACAGCUCAGGGUUGUCAGGGGGGUGCCAGGGCUACGGCAGGUCAGUGUGCUCGGAGACGUGCCACGGCUCAGGGUACCAGGGGGGCAAGCAAGGCUGUGUGCCUGUGCCAAAGGGCAUCCCAAGCCAGCAGCAGAAGCAGGUCUGCAAAAUUCCAGCCCGGAAGAUAAAGUAG